UGGGGCCGGUGUGCCGGGCGGGCGGGCAGGCAGGGCGCCCCUGGGCACGUGCAGAGCGCUUGGCCUGGGGGUGCGGGAGAAUUGGGGAGCGGGUCGGGCCAGGAGGGUCCGUGCAGACAGAGCCCCCCCCCCUCCUCUCUCGGCUUGGCUGCCUUUCCGCGCCUCCCGCCCCCUCGGUGCGGCUCUCCUUUCCAGCCCUUCUCCAGCUCCUGGGCAUGGGCUGAGCGCUCCGGCCGCUCUCGGGAGGCUGGAGAGCCCCGGGCAAGGUCGUGUGGAUGCAGCGCAGCCUCCUGGCAGGUGUCCCGCGCCCCCCUUUUCCCUGCAGGGCUGGCGUCCUCUCCUCUCCCCUCCGCCUUUCCCUUUCCCGCUGCGACGCCUGGCCAAGAUCCGGGGAGGGCUGUAAUAGGUCCCCCCCCUCCUCCUUUUUUUGUGUGUGUUGGCUGUCUUUAAAAAGGCUUCAAACCGGGCAGCGGAUGGGAGGCAGCGGCUUCCUGCUUAAGACCAGGAAAAGUUCGCGGCUCCUUUGCAACCAACCCUGCUUUGCUGGCUCGGCUUUUGGACAAGCAGAGCGGAAAGGCAUGUACAGCAAAAGGUGUGUAGUUUGGACCCGAAUCGGUUGAGGUUUGUCGCUGUGGGCUAAAGUCACAACUGCAGGUUGAACACGGCUGAGAAAAAGGAGUCUUCAAGUAUGCUGGCCAAAGAGAAGCUUUGAUCUAGAACAUGGCUUGUUCCUGGCGGCCUCCAGUUUCCCUUGAAAAGGAAGUUUGAGACCUUCUCUAGCUCCAUUCCAGCCCCUUCGCAAGAACCAUGGAGGUGGUGGAUGUCCCCGUGGGAAAUCUCAUCGACUUUGACUCUGAGCCGUCUACCACGGACACCUCCGAGUCGGUCCCCACCGCUCCCUCCACCGCCAACGGCCACGCAGGGCUGGAUCUCCGCGAGGGGGGCCCUGUGGCCGAGGAGAGCGAUGCCACCGAGUCGGCCGACAGUGAGAACGACACGACCGGCUCGCCCGGCCACCCGAGCUGGAAUAACCACCGACGCUCUUCCUCGGAGUCCUACUCAUCCAGCCACAGCACAGAGUCCACGCGGGGGGGAGUAGCAGCUGAAAACCGGGAGUUCGUCAGCCAAUAUGUGGAGAAGAUCUUCACCGGUGGAGAGGAGUUUGACCAAGAGGAACAAGCCAGAUUCGGAGAGCUGUGCAGCGGCGAGAACGCCAAAGGCAGAGAGUGGUUCGCCAGAUACGUCAGUGCUCAGCGUUGCAAUUCCAAGUGUGUCUCCGAGCAGACUUUCUACCGCCUGGUGCAGUCCUUUGCCGUUGUGCUGUUUGAAUGCUACCAGAUGGAUGACUUCAGCCCUGCUAAAAACCUGAUGACCAUGUGCUUUACUUACUAUUACAUUGGCAAGCCACAAACUCUCCCCCCGGAGUGGAAAGAGAAAGCCGCGGGAUCCAUAGACUCCUACUUGAAGUCCGCUAACAGCUGGUUGGCUGAGAAGAAGGACAUCGCUGAACGGCUGCUGAAAAACACCAAGACAGAGAACAUGAAGGGGUUUUUCGGGAGCUUCGAAAGCAAACUGAGGGGUCCCGUCGGGGCCAGGAAAAGCGAGGAUGGUGAAGAGAAGCCCAGGGAGAGGAUGCAGAAAUCAGUUUCCCUGUACAGUCCCGAGGAGGAGGAAGAAAGAAAUGGGGAGAAGAUCUACCUCUACAUGCACCUCAAGCAACAGCCCAUCUGGCACACGCUGAGGUUCUGGAACGCAGCUUUCUUCGACGCUGUCCACUGCGAGAGGCGGAAACGGUCCCCCACUACCAGGGAGAAGUGGUGCCACAUGACGCAGGAGGAACGCGACGAUAGCCUCCGCUUUAAUGAGAAUAUCACCUUUGGACAGUUGGGAACGUUCACUCAUAACAUGCUGGCUUUUGGGCUGAACAAGAAACUUUGCAACGAUUUCUUGAAGAAGCAGGCAGUGAUUGGCAACCUGGAUGAAGAGCAGUACAAGCUUCUGAGCGACCACAUUGACCAAAUGGCUGCUGAAUAGCUCCACAGCCUACCAGGACGGAGAGGAGAGGCCGGCGGAGGCGAAAAGCUGUGAGACGCGUCUCUGGGGUCGUCCUGAGACUUCAGAUGGGCUUUUAAAUCCACAGACCCCCCUACAGACUCUGCAAUAAUCCUGCAUGAUUGCUGUUCAACCGUGUCGUGCUGUGCUAAGCAGCCCGUAGGCGUAGAGCUUCUCCAUCCCAGGACGCCUGUCUCCUUCCGUAGCCUCAAGGACACCACUUCCUCCAACUUCGGGCAUAAAAGACCCUGGCUUUGGCCCCUGUCUGGGAAGAUCCCUCCACGCAAGGCAGGGAGAAUCAUUGGGGCCAGGAGAGCUGGGUCUUUUGAGAAGGACGGCAAAAAAAACCCAAACCCUCCACGCCUCAUUGCAGACGAUUUGAAGGAGCUAGAGUAUUUUUUUCCCCCAACAGCCAUGAAAUGUAAAAUGGGACUUGUGCAGGAGUUGUGAUGGAACGGACAGGCAGAUAAAGGGCUUUUAGCUUUUCUACAGAGCCGGUCAUUCUGGAGGACGGUCUUUGUAGAUGCAGAAGGCCUAGUUCAAUUCGUCCUGUUGGGCAGAGAAAGGUAUUUAAAGGCAGGGAGGGGCUGACCAUUGUAGUUUUGAACUCUUAAGAUGCUGUGCAAGCCAACCAGGCCCACAUUCCUGGUUACCUGGAGCAGUUCUGGGGCCUCCUGUGUGCUUUCAAUGCAACAUGUUCCGAUGGAACCAGGAAGCUGAUCUAACUCAGGAGGUGUAAACAAGAACCAACCCAACAUUGGUUGAUGUAGUUGGUCAACUGGUUGACCCAGAUCGACUGAUCCCAUCUGUCUGGUUUGUCAACUUCACAGAGGCUUUGCCUGGUUGGCCCACAUGAAGCAGGUGGAGGGUUGUGUGUGAGGUUCCACCAUUCACAUAGGAGCCCAAGGUGGCGCAGUGGUUAAAUGCAGCACUGCAGGCUACUGCUAGAUCAGCAGUUCAGCGGUUCAAAUCUCAC